CACCAACACAUUAAAUCAUAUCCAUAUUCCAAUACCAUACGUCUGCAGAUAAGACGAACACUUUUUCUGUAAUUUAUUUUCGUAACAUACAAAAUCACAAGUUUUCGGUGUUAGUAUUAAAUUCUAAAGUGGAUAAAGUACCUAGAUUCUAUAUAAAGCGAGCAAUGAAAAUGUUUGCGAACUUAUGCGAAAUUCCUGAGUUAAGCAGACCGAAUGUUUUUAUCAAAGAUAAAGAGGAUUUACUUAAGAAAAUAAAUCAAAUUGUAUCAGAUGGACACAAAAAGUUACAAAUAGUAACUGACUUCGACCACACAUUGACAAGGCACAAUAUGGAUAAUGGAGACCCAGUGUUGACUAGCUACGGUAUGUUCAGAGAAUGCCCAUCAAUACCUAAAGAUUAUAAAGACGAAGAGAAUAGAUUAUCAGAAAUAUAUAAACCAAUUGAAGUAGAUCCAGUGAUGAGUGAUGAAGACAAGACCAAGCACAUGAUUGAUUGGUAUGUGGCUGGCCACAAAUUAUUAAAAGGAAUGAAAUUUCCAAAAAAUGAACUCGAAGAAGUGAGUCACAAAAUGAAGGAGUGCUUUAGAACAGGUGUUCGAGAGUUAAUAGCAUGGAGUGAGACACAGCAGGUGCCUGUGUUGGUUUUCUCUGCAGGACUCGGAGAAUGUGUGGUAGCUGCCCUCAGAGCUGCUAAUCUUCUCUUGCCUCAUGUGAAGGUGGUGUCAAACUUUCUGGCAUUUGACGAUGCAGGAGCCAUAAUUGGAAUAAAAGGAGAUGUGAUUCACACAUACAAUAAGAAUGAAACAGUCAUUAAGAAUACAGAAUAUUAUGAGAUGGUGAAAGAAAGAAACAAUGUUUUAUUAAUGGGGGAUAACAUUGGUGAUGCAGGCAUGGCGGAAGGUAUGGAGCACUGUGACGUCAUUAUCAAGAUAGGCUUCUUAGGACGUAAUACAGAUGCCAACCUUCAAAAUUAUGUUAAAAAAUUUGAUAUUGUUCUGGUUAAUGACCAUUCAAUGGACAUAGCGAAUGCCAUAUUGAAACAUGUGCUGUGAUUUAUGUUUAGUUUACUACAUAUUAUUACCAUUGUGAGAUCCUCAAGUCUUUAAAGGUAAUUUUAAACCGUCAUCUUUGUAUAUAGUCUUGCACCGCACAUUGAAUAGGUUCAUUUCUCUCCCUGAAAUAAUAUUGCCUAAUAAUUGGUCAUACCAAAGAGGUAUAUCUGCUUGCUAUAAAAAAUACACAGUUUUUUUUUCUAUAUUGUUACUAUUUUUUUUGCUUUCUUCGUAAACAUUUAGCCUUAUUGCUAUUAAAACUAAUUCCUUUAAGGCAAACCUGCUGAUUUUAAUGUAGGUUUUAUUCUGUAAAAAGAACAAAGUUCUUAUGUUAAAGAUUUAUUGUUGUUUUUAUUAUAUAGUUAGUAUCAACACUGUUAUAUGGUCUAAGAUCCAAGAUCUACAUACCUAGAGAAUUUUUUAAAGCUAAUAAAUUACUAAAUCUCUAUCCAUGUCACAUAGAGGAAGAGAACAGAAAAUUAAUUUAAUAAAUGAAACUGAGAACUUCUUAAGUGUAUAGAUAUAAAUUAUAAGUGGUUUUUUUUUGUAAUAUACGUAACUUGUUUAUGAUGACGUUAGGGAUCUGAACUUGAUGAAAAUUGUAGUAAAAAAAAUCGAUUGAAUAUUAUAUCAAGCAUCAAUAUCAUAACUGAAAUUAAUAGGUUUAAAGCUUCGUCAAACAAUUUUGUACAUUUAUAAUGGUUAUUGAUUUCAUUGUCUAUUUCUAAAACUCAAAAUUUGUCUAAGUUACAAAUUAAUUUUUUUUUUUUGGUAUGUGAUGAGUAUCUAAAAAUGGUAUAUUAUUUGAAAUGUAAAAUAGAAUCGAUUUUUGUUUAAAUAAUUGUCAAGUCUGGUAUUUUCACUUCAGCUUUGGAAUACAACAUUAUGGUGUGUUAAAAAGUUCUAAGUAUUGGAGUUUGUCUGACUUUAAUAAGCUCCUAAAGAACUCAUAAUGGCAGAUUGAAUGAUUGAACUUUAACCUAACCUGGCAUUUUUUCUUUUAAGAUAUAUUCAAUGUUGUAAAUUAAACAUUAUUUUCGUUCAGAGUAUUGGUUCUUCAUGUUUCUAAUUGUAUGGGUUAUUAAAAUAAUAAUAAUAAAACAAAGUUGGAGAAUUUAAAUAUUUUGUUAUUAUUAUAAUGAAACAACAUGUAUGAUUAUAAAUGUAUUUUCUAGUCACCAGUGUGCUUGUCGUUUUCUAUAUAAAAUAUUAUAACACACGCUGAUUUGGCGCUACUGAUAACGCGAAUUGGAAUUUAUAAACACAAUUGAUUUUAGUAAGUAGCUUCAAAUGAAGUUUAAUUAAUAGUGCAUCCGUCGUCAAUGAUAAUUAUUGUAAAAACAAAAAACAUCUGAGAUAUUAUUAUAAAUAAAUAAAUAUUUUUUACAUUGACGUAAAUUUUAACUUUACCUACUAUUAACGACUUUACCUAAUAAUGUUUAUGGGUUGAUUAGUUAUACAAUGAAAUCUUCCGCUUUCGAAUAUGGAAUAAAUAAUGACAGAAAUAGAGAGAUCAGUGUUUAACUAGAGGCCAUCUAAGCAGACAGUGAAAGUAUUGAGAUAUGGCAUAUUUAUUGCAAAUUAGACUAAAAAGCUGAUUCAUUUUGAAAUUGAUAACUUUCUUUUUUUAUACAUUUAAAUUAUUCUGGUUUAAUAUUGAUUAAAUUUAUUGAGACUCAUUGACUAGACUAAAUAUCCUAAACUGCUAUCUUUUUUGGGACAAGGGCUCGUCUAAUUUACGGGAUCGCCUAAGACAUAAGAUAAUUAAAGGCGCUCUUUUGCAACGGAUGCACUUUUAUUGAUUGUUUAAAGAAAAUGGGUAAUAUUAUUCAACUAUUUAUUAAUAAAUAAAACAUAAUUGUUAUAAUUUAAUACAAUUUCUGCUAAAUGCUAAUUUUUUUACCUCAAAAAAUCAUAGGAAGAUCUGUUACAUUAAACUUAAUGCAAGCAAAUGCAAACACUAACAUUCGUUGAAAGGACUAGUCGAUUUAAUUUAAAAUACUGUUCGAUUACAUCGUCCUAAAUACCAACGGUAACUAACUUAGUACUUUGAACAUUUUAAAACAAUUUCAAUUUUCAAUAUAACAAUAAUAAUAGAAUAAGCCUAAUAAAAUUAAGCGGUAAAUUUUAUUAAAAUGAAUAUUUUUUAUUUAUUGUCUAUGGCAAGCCACAACGUGUAACUUUUACUAUUAUGGAUUUUCAUUGUUAAAAGUCGAGCAUAAUUGAAUAAAAAUGUAAUUAUUUUAAUUAUUGCAGCAAAUUAACAAAUAUUUUUUGAAGUAAUUAUGUUCCUUAAAAGAAUUAGAAAGGUUACUAAGACUAACAUGUCCAUAAAUAAACUGGAAGCGGGACAGUUUUUUUUAAUUCACGUAGGAAUCCAUACAAGAUCUAAAGUUUCAAUUUUAUGGCAAGAUCUACCUUCCAGGCGUCGUUAUAUCUGAUGAACAGAGCCUUAACAUGACUGGAAAAUACAUAUUUUAUCAAUACACUAUACGUUUAAUAAAUCAACAAAUUAAAAGAUCUAAAAUGAACAACAGUCUUAGAACAUACAAGGUAUUUACACAAAUAUUUAUUUAUAUAAAAAUAUCCUACUGUACAUUAACAAUUAUUUAUGUAGAAAUAUAUAUUCGUCUGUAAUGUAUGUACAAUUAGAAACAGUAUUAAAAAUAGUCAAAUCUUUAGGAAACAUCUAGUCGUCAUCGGACUUGUGACGGAAAGAAAUACACCGGCGGGUACGCUGGGAAAGGCACUUUAUAAAUAUUCAGGUUUUAUAUUUAUAACAUUUGUUUAGAAAAAGUGAUACAUUAAAGAAGUGAUGGAAUGCUGUUGUUUGUUUUAAAUACCUCCCACAUCCUUAACUAACCUUUU